AUGGUAUCAGAACAGUUCGUUCCUCUAGAACCUGAAAGACGGACUAACUGUGCUUCUAUGGAUUCUCUGGACCAGAUGUCAACUCACGGACGCAGUCGCAGGCUAGGUAGAGGUAGGAUUGGCACCGUUACUCCUGCCCCCAUAGGGACUGAUCCAGUAGACUUUAUGGCUGUCUUGGGAAAUAUGGCUGCAGCUAUGCAGGCAACAGUUGAGGCACUGGGUAAUCAGAUAAACCAAGGUAAUUACGGGAACAAUAAUGAUGAGGACGGUCCUAUGACACUUGCUACAUUUCUGAAAGUUCACCCUCCGACAUUCAGGGGAACCUCAAUUCCCAUUGAUGCAGAUAAUUGGAUUCAGGCUAUAGAACGAGCAUUGCAGGCCCAACAGGUUCCUGAAGAGCAAUGGGUUGAAUUUGGAACUUAUCAAUUGCAAGGCGAAGCUCAAUUAAAGCAGGGACAGAUAACUGUUGCUGAGUAUACUAGUAAAUUUGAGGAGUUAUGUCACUUUUCUUGUAUCUGUAAAGAUGCGCCUGAAGAUUUUGCUGAAUGGAAAUGUAUUAAAUAUGAAGGAAGUCUUCGGAGUGAUAUUCCGAGUUUUGUUGCCCCAAUGGAGAUCAGGGUGUUUUCUGAAUUGGUGAAUAAGAGUAGGGUGGCUGAGGGUUGUGUGAGGAAGGCGGCAGCAGAGAAAGGAAGUUUGAGGCCCGGGCAUAUAGCUACUAAUUAUCCAGAGAAGAAGUAUGAGACAGGUAGGGUGCAGCAGCCAGGGAGAGUAUACACCACUUCUACAAUAGGAGCUGAGGGAUCUGAGACACUGAUUAGAGGUGAUGAUCAGAGUUUAGAGAAUAUUCCGGUUGUAUGUGAAUUUCCAGAUGUGUUUCCAGAUGAUAUUAAUGAAUUUUCCCCUAACCGGGAGGUUGAAUUUGCAAUUGAGUUGGUGCCUGGAGCCGGUCCGAUUUCGAUUACUCCUUACAGGAUGUUACCUUUAGAAAUGACUGAACUAAAGGCUCAGCUGGAAGAUCUAUUGGUGAAGUUUCUCGGUCACGUGGUGAGUAAGCAGGGAAUAGCUGUAGAUCCUGCUAAUGGUGUUACAGCUAAGGUGGAAGCAAUAAUGAAUUGGGAGCGACCAACUUUAGUGACAGAGAUCAGGAGUUUCUUAGGUUUGGCGGGGUAUUAUCGUAGAUUCAUUAAGGAAUUUUCACAGCUCGCUUUGCCUUUAACUAAGUUGACUAGGAAGGAUACGCCUUUUAUCUGGACUUCGGAGUGUGAGGAGAGUUUUCAAGCAUUGAAGCAUAGGUUGACUACUGCACCCGUGUUGGUGUUGCCUGAGCCAAGAAAAGCGAAUGUUGUGGCAGACGCCUUGAGUCAGAAAUCUUUAUAUGCAGCUUGGAUAAUGCUACGGGAGGAAGAGUUACUAAAGGCAUUUCAAGGUUUUGAAUUUGGGAAUUAG